AUGUCUACCUUCCUCUUCUCAAAAGCUAAGUACUUGAGUACUAUCAUUCAUCUCAUUAUCCUAUCGCACGGGAGCUCAGCUUCGGAACCUGUCGAUCCGACCCAAGGCUUCGUGUCUCUGCCUCUCAACCGGUCGUAUUACCACAUCCAAAAGCCAUAUGACGUGCCCGAGGACCGGCGCUAUUCCUUCUGCGACGGCGUCCACAAAUGCUGGGUUUACUCUACGGACAAGCCUCACACUCGGACUAGUCGGACCAAGCCUUGUACCGAGAUCGCGAUACAGGGAUACGGCUAUUCCUCAGGCACUUGGCAAUUCGAAGGGUAUGGAUACGUCCCGGCCGGGACUUCGGGCGUGUGCGUAAUGCAAGUGUUUGGAGCGAGCCCCCCUCACUCGACCACCUUCAUGCUAAGAGUGUACAACGGCUCACUCAUGUACUACAGGAGGACGGUCCUCGUUGACCAGAUCUACGACAAGUGGUUCCGGUUGAAUGUUAUACACAACGUGGAUGGUUCGAAAGUGAAGGUCUACAUUGAUGGGCAUCUGAAAUUAGAGGCAGAUGGUCGAGGAGGCACUUCUCAUGCCUUCAAAUGUGGUGUUUAUGCCCAAGACGACGACUCUUUCUACAUGGAGUCUCGUUGGAGAGGCCUUCAAGUUUUAAAGAAAAACCACUGA